AUGAAUCAGAAAAUUGAUGAAUUACAACGAAUUGCAAGUGGACUUCUAGAUAUUCAUAAUGCUGGGAAAGUUCAUAAAGAUUUUCAUUCAGGUAAUCAUAUAUUGUGUAAUAUUGGUCCAUAUAUAAGUGAUUUAGGAAUGUGCCAACCAGCAAAUAAUGAAAAGCAAUCAGUUAAACAAGAAGGAAUUUAUGGAGUAUUACCUGAUAUGGCACCAGAAGUUUUACAUUUGAAUACUAAAUGUUGGGAUGCUAAAGCAGAAAAUAGACCAACUACUAAAGAAUUGUAUCGAACAUUAACUAUUGAUUGUUCAUUUAUGUAA